GUACUCGCAGUGAAGCCAAAUCAGCCGAGCGUCAAACCAACAAAAGCGAAAAGGAAAUUAUCGAUCGAAGAGUGAAAAAGUCAUUCGACGCCUGAUUUGCUUUGGCAAAGAGGGCAUACAAAACGUUUUAUUUUUCGCAAAGUUUUUGCGUAAACCCUACAAUUAUUCUAAAAUAUAAAUGUUCAAAAGUAUAGCCAAUCGAAAGUACAACGAUUAGUGAGUGUACUGCAAAAGCUGGUGUGUUGUAUUCGUGCGUUUUUGAAGUGUAAAAUAUUUGGUUAUUGAAGUGCUUCUCACUCGAGAGACACGCACACACACCAGCCUCAAAAACUUCAUUGAAUUCAUAAUCAGAACCAGUGUCGCGAAACAACAUGGCUGACAGCGAAUUCGAGGAGUUCCACAGGCCCAUCUUUGAGCCACAUCAGAUCCAGACGUAUAUGACCAGUGGCCAAAAGAAGAAUAAUGCUCAUACAUUCUAUUCACUCAUACCCAAUGACGAUCUGGAGGACUCACCAUCUUCGAAAAGUGAUGCAUCCGAUCAAGAAGAUGCCGGGGGUGGAGAACUUUGCUGUGAAUCAACGAAGAUACAACGUCAAGUGGAAGAUGAUGAGAUUGGCGAUGGUCUCAAAGUGGUCUCACUCUCAUCCGAUGGCUCGUUGGACACCAAUGACUCUUUCAAUUCACAUCGCCAUCAUCCGUUGAACCAUCAGGAUGCUAUUGGUGGUCUGGUGGGUAUUGGUGCUAGUGCAGGCAGUGGACAUACAAACGGCACUGAUUCUCUUGGUGUGGGCUCGCAAUUGCUGCUUUCUCCAAAUACAGCUGCUGCAAUUGGUGCUAGUCAACAGCAACAACAACGACGUAGACGAAAAUUACCGGAAAUACCGAAAAAUAAGAAAUCUUCCAUUCUACAUCUUUUAGGUGGUGGAUAUGGUCAAAUAACAUUGGCCGAUGAGAUGAACAAUGGGCGCAAUCAAUUGAAUGACAACAAUAAUGCCAAUCUUAUCACCGGCAAUACAAUUAUUGGCACGAAUACUACGAACAGUUUGAGUGGUGGCGGUGCGGUACGAAAUAAUCAACGCUCAUUUCUAACACUCAAAUGUGGUUAUCUAUUAGAUGAGGACUCCAGUCCCGAUUCGGAGCGCUUACAGAGUUUGGGCGAUGUGGAUAGUGGUCAUAGUACUGCACAUUCACCAAACGAUUUCAAAAGUAUGUCACCACAAAUAACUUCCCCCGUUUCGCAAUCACCAUUUCCUCAACCCUUCGGUGGUGUGCCCUUCUCUCAACUCGAAAUGCUCGAAGCUACACAUCGUGGCUUACACAAAUUCAUACCGCGUCAUCAUGAUGAAAUUGAAAUUGAAAUUGGUGAUGCUAUUUACGUACAAAAGGAGGCGGAUGAUCUAUGGUGUGAGGGUGUUAAUUUACGCACGGGCAGACAGGGUAUUUUCCCUUCGGCCUAUGCGGUUGACUUGGAUUAUAAUGAGUUCGAUCCCACGGUGCAACAGGUGAAGAAAGAGCGUUAUUUAUUGGGUUAUUUGGGUUCGGUAGAGACGUUAGCUCACAAGGGUACGGGUGUUGUGUGCCAAGCUGUGCGUAAAAUUGUCGGUGAAUAUGGUAAUUCACCAGCUGGGCAGGUGUGCAUACUGGAAGUGUCGGAUCAGGGUUUGCGCAUGGUAGAUCGUUCGGGACCAAAUAAAAAAGACAAGAAACCCUGCAUCGAUUACUUCUACUCGCUAAAGAAUGUCUCGUUCUGCGCUUUUCAUCCACGUGAUCAUCGCUUCAUUGGCUUUAUAACGAAACAUCCCACGGUACAACGUUUCGCCUGUCAUGUCUUCAAAGGUUCAGAAUCUACGCGGCCCGUAGCCGAGGCUGUUGGUCGUGCAUUUCAACGUUUCUAUCAGAAAUUCAUAGAAACCGCAUAUCCGAUUGAAGACAUUUACAUAGAGUAAGCAAUUGGGCAGAGUUUGGACUGGUUCAUAUAUAGGAUAUGUGCUGUAGUAACUACUGCAUAGUAUGUAGUAGGUAUUGUUAGAGCUGGUUUGUGGUUUACGCUUAUUUUUCCCCUUAAAAACAUAACAUAAAACACGUUAACACAAUUAAAUGGAAACCAAAAACAAAAUGUUGUCUUCAACAAUUUCAAAAUGUGUACGUAAUUAUUCAAGUAUGUAUUCAAGUUCGUGCUUAUUUCAAACAAAAAAAAAAAAACAAAAAACCAAAAAA